AUUUACAUAGAUAUUCUUGCAGUGGAUUUAUUUUGCUUUGUAUUUCCAACAAUGAAUCCAAUGCGAUCAACAAUUUUUCGAAGAGAUGAGGAGUCAAGAUCAAUGCAUAAUGAAGAUGAUACUUAUUCAAUUUUGAAAACUGAAGAAGAGAAACAGAGGCGUAGACGAGAAUGGCAACGCCAGCAAGAGCGAGAAAAAUAUGAAUAUGAAAAAUUGAAACAAAAGAUUUUAGAGUAUGAAAGAAAACGUGCACUAGCUUUAAAAUAUGCUGAAGAAAAAUCUUCACAUCAUAGUAGAAGCAAAAGUGGUAGUGAAUCUCCUUCAUAUCUUCAGUAUAAAGAUAGAUCUAUAUUAACUGCUUCCAAAUCUGAUAGCCUGCAUGAAAAAUUAGAUGGACAUACAAAUGCAACAGUACCUUUAUUCAAGGAUCUUCAGAAUACACAAAUUAAUACGGAAUUGCGUCGAAUUAAAAUUGAUAUUCAUAGAAAUAUCCCAAAGGUAAAAGGUCCAGUUCCAGAAUUACAACGAGAUAUACUUAAUCCUGAUGAUAUAAUUAUCAAAAGAAGAGAAGGAGAAGGAUGUAAACCAAUAUUCGACAGAGAAGAAAUAAAAAAGGUCGCAAUCAAAACUAAUGAAGUAGAAGAACGACGUACAGUUGUAGCUGUAGAUAAAGAACAAUCAGCAUCAUCAAGAAGAUUGUAUACAAGAAAACGUUCUUUAUCGUUGAGUCCCAUCAGAAAUCAUGAACAGACAUAUAGUUCUGGAUAUCUGUCUUCCUAUCAAUCUAGACAUAUCGAUUUGAAGGAUCAGGAUAAUAAAACAGACAAUCGUGAUAUUCAUAGACACGAUAAAAGAAGCAGUAUAGAGAAACAUAGAGAUUACAAAGAAAAAUACACAGAACAAGAUGUAAGCAAACAUAUCGCUAAUCGAUCGCGUUCUAGAGAUCGGAAUUCAUAUUCUAGGCCAUUUUUGGAAGAAAGAUCUUAUUGCGAAAGAUAUCGUGAAAGAUCAAAAGAACGUUCUCUUGAAAGAAGGACUAGAGAAAGAGAUAGAAAUAGAGAUAGGGAUAGAGAUAAAGAUGGGGAUAGAGAUAGGGCUAAGGAUAGAGAAAGAGACAGAGAUAGGAGUAGAAAUAAAGAUAGAUUUAGGGAACAAAGGAACGUAACACCACAUUAUAUCGAAUCACCAAUACCUGUGCCUAUCUAUUAUGGCAGUUUUCCUCCGAGACCAAUUGUAGUAAGUCCUAUGGUUCCAUUAAGAAGACAGAUUCCUCCUAUGGGAAGAGGUAGACAUCCUGCCUUAAUGGCACCAGUCCGACCGUUCCUACCACGAUUUGUUCCUCCGGAUAUGUACAGAUUAGGACAUCCACCUCCAAAGCCAAGAUACGGACCGUUUUGAAAUAGAGAGAAUGUAAUAUUUUCGUACUUCAGCUAACAACAUUUUAACAUAUGAAUCAUGCUUAUCAAUAAGACAUAUUUUAUUUAGUUUAUAAAGACAUCUUAAUAAGUAUAAUAUUAAUCAUUUUUUAUCAUCUUUGAAUCGAAAAGCUUUGUUAUAAUUGAGGAUUAAAAUAUUUGGAUUAGAUGUAUCAGAUCAGAUGUAAUUCCGUAUAACAUCAUAUAAAAUGUAUAUGUAUAUGAAAUAUGAAUAAUAUAAUAACUAAUAUUAAUAAUG